UAACAAGAGCAUUCUUGAUUUGGCCAUUCAUUCUAUUAGUUUGGAAUAAGCGUGCUUUGUGUGUCAAACUUUCAGUAAUGCAACAUUAAGUGAUUGUACUGAAGCAACAUGUGGGUUGCUAUUUGGGGUUGGACAUUAUGUCUUGUUCUUCCGGUGCAUGCUGUCGACCCCGUCUUUACGCCCGAGAUACUGUCGGACGCAGCUGGGAACACGGCUGACAGCGCGUCUAUGAUCACGUGGGCGGGCUGGCCGGCCACGGAAGGCUACCUGCUGUCCGAGCCCUCUCGAACCAGCGAAGGGCUGUCUACCUACUAUUCAAUGGUGCACGGGUUUAUUGACGCAGUUUUUGCCAAGGGAUUCCCGGACGAUGUUCUUGAGCUAGUGAUGACACAGAACUUCACAUCAUUUAACACAGAUGUCGUUUCAACAAAUGUUACCUUCUUCGCCGGCUUCGCUUGUACCAUCGUUGUCGGCUUGCUGUUCAUCCUGAUAUUCCCGAUCGUUGCCUGUUGCUUCUGCUGCUGUCGUUGUUGUGGUAAUUGUGGAGGAGAGAUGAGACAGGAGCCCAAUGACACAGAGAAUGUACGCAGAAAGGCGUGUCUUGUCGUUACCCUCGUGAUUUCAAGCACAUUUAUUCUGGUGGCCUCGAUAUGUUUGUUUGUCAUUAAUGGCGACAUGUCUUCAGUCAUUAACUCCAUUGACGGCACUGUCGCCGAUACGAUAAAUGACGUCAAAGUUUUCACCAACAAUACCGUCGUAGAAGCAAAACAUGUGAUCGGCACGAACUUCAAUUUUACCAUUGACGUCAUAUUUCGAGACAUCGAUAAUAUCGACGUGCUGUUGGGUAUACCAGUACGUGAUGAGAUUAAAACAGAAACAAACAUUUCGUUCGCAUUGGCUUCCGCCGGAACUAUUGUAACAGAAAUGGAUGAUGUCGACUCAGCCCUUACUAAUGUUGAAAACACAAUGACGGAAUUAACUACUUCCAUCAACGCCUUGAAUGAAUCACUCGCCAACAUCACCACCAGUAUGGACGAUAUAUUUGCCAACUGCCCGGCAUGUCCGGUAGCAGGGAGGCCGGACUAUAGCUCGGCGACAGUCUCCAUUGACAUGUCUCAGUUUCCGAAUGACGACAUGGCGUCCGCCAGAUCCAGUAUGGACGACGCCAAGAAUACAAACAUGACAGAUGAGAUGCAAAAGGCUGAACUCGAAGUUGACAACAUUCCAGAGACGGUAAAGAAUGACUCCAACCAAGCCAUGACAGACAUGAAGUCCGACAUAGAUUCAAUAAGAGCUGACCUUGAUGACAUUUUGAGCUCGAUUGAUGACGUCAAUGAUGAGGUUCAAGGGGGUAGUGAAACAGGAAGCUUUACGGAACUAGUGGGUAACUACACAGAACUGGCAAAGACGUACGACAAAUACAGAUCGUACGGGGUACUCGGACUGGCCUCAAUAGUUCUGCUGGUGGUUGUUUUCGCUGUGUUUGGACUUCUACUAGGACUGUGUGGUACAACAACAGUCACUAUUCCCUACGAACGCGGCGCGAUGUCGAACUGUGGUGGCAGAUGUCUUAUAACUUCGGCGGCAGUAAUCCUGAUCUUCUCCACGUUGAUGAUGCUGUUGACGUUCGUCACGUUUCUAGUUGGUGCCCCUUUCUACGAACUGGUCUGUAACCCGCUCACCGACCUGGACAGGCUAGAAAAGAUGGAGACGCUGUAUAGCAGGGUGACGGUGGGAGAAGGAAAGUACGCCUUUGGUGAUAUCGUCUACAGCAAUGAUACUAUAUCUCUUCAGCUGCACCAAGUACUGAGAGAUUGCAAGAACAAUGCCGCUGCAUUUCAAGCCUUCCAAGUGGAGAGCAGAUUCGAUGUGGAUGAAUUGUUGAACUACACCGAGACAGUCGACAUACACUCGACCGUCAAAAACACGACAAUAGACCUCUCCACUGUUGAGAUUUACUCGGAUGAAUUGAAGAAACAGCUUGAUGACAUCAAGGGCGCAGUGAACAUUAGUUUUACUGAUUUCUAUGCUGAGUUGAGUAACAACAUUACAGCUGUGAACUUAAGUGCGCUAGCGGAUGAUAUUGAUACUUAUGCUGAGACUGUACCUGAUAAUGCGACGGCUGCAAGUUUCAAAGAUCAGGCAGACGAACUCCGGAGGAUUGAACUCCAGGAAAGCUUCUACGUACAAGGGAACAGGACCGCAUUAAACGCCUCAGUAACGGCCAUGGAAGAGGCAGUGUCAGAUACGCCUGAUCUCGUGGAUGCGCUCGAUGCGAGACUUCAGUUUGCUGAUGACGUCAUCACGGUCAACGGCUCUGACAUCGUUAAAAAGCUUCUUGUGUCGUACGCGGACCGAGUGGUGGCAGUUAUCGACUCUUAUGUGAACUACACUAAAGACGCUGUGAAGACCAAGCUAGGGGUAUGCAGGCCAGUAUGGAACAUCUACAACACGCUGGUCGUCCACACAUUUUGCUACGACGUCCUAGACACAUUCAAUGGCGUCUGGUUUUCGCUAGGAUGGGCGUUGUUCUUCUUUAUGGUUAGCCUCAUAUUCUCCGUAAAGGCUGCCAAGUAUUUUCGGACAAUGACGAAGAUGCCCGAAGACAUUGCGGAAGAUGAUGAAGACUUUGAUUAUGCCGAUCAUCACUUUGGCGAGUAUAAGACGCACCUAGAUCCAAUCUCACACCAGAUGCCGUCCAGGGCCAAGUUUGUUUUGUCCAAGCACAACAAGGUUAGACCAUACGAUAUAUACUGGUAACAGGGUCAGGCCUGAUGUGGCGAGCUGAUCAAUACAGCUUUACCACCAUGACGGAUAAAUAAUUAAAUACAUAUGUAUAGCAUUUAUCUUAAAGGAACACUACAAAAACAGAGGUGUUGGAAGAUUCAUUGUUUAAUACAUGUACAAACAUUCUAA